GUGAUAUCAAAAAAAAGAAUAUUUAAAACAAAAUUGAAUAACAUUACUAAUGGAUAUUAAUAUUUUACUCCGUUUUGAACGGGUUAAACAUUUUACUAUUAUAAUAUGUAUGUCAAAUUGAAAUUAAAUACUCAAUGCGAAAUAUUUUAUUAUAAACAAAUAUCUGAUUAAUAAUAUUUUAAAAUGUUUAAAACGUGUGAUGUUAUGCUACUCAUUAAUUCUAAAUAUUUGUACACAAAAAUUAACAAAAUUAUAAUCGCCGUAACGCAAUAUUAGAAAAGCUAAUCAAAAUCAUGAUGUUUAAAGCAAAAAUUUUAUUAAUUGGAAUAAUACUUACUUUGGUAAUUACUUUAUUAUUAGCACUGUUGUAUGUUCGUAAGUAUAUAUGUUCUCAGAGUGAAAUUAACAGUUUUAAAUAUACCUACUGUACUAAUAUUUUAUUUUAUUUUAGGAGAAUUAGAAAAUGGUGGAAGUAUACGUUUAAAAGACCAUACUCCUACUAUAUUGAAAAGUAAUAAACUCGGUGUGGUCAUACCAUUUAGAGAAAGAUUUGAUGAACUUCUAGAAUUUGUGCCCCACAUUCAUUCUUUCCUCAAAAAUCAGAAUAUACUUCAUGAAAUCUUUGUUCUCAACCAAGUAAUUCAACUGAUUUAGGUAUUGUAAUAUGAUUAUAAUAUUAUUAACAUUAUAUUUGUUAUUUUACAGGUUGAUCAGUAUCGUUUUAACAGAGGCUCAUUAAUUAAUGCUGGUUUUAAAGAAAUAAUGUUAUCAUUUAAUAUGAUUGAUUACAUAGCCAUGCAUGAUGUCGAUUUAUUGCCUCUCAAUCCAGAAUUAGAUUAUCAUUAUCCCCCAACUGGUCAUGUUAACCACAUAGCAGCACCUCAUUUACAUCCUCGAUACCAUUAUGCUUCAUUUGUCGGUGGCAUUCUACUUAUAACCAAGUAUGUAACCGAUGGUUUUUUUUAUAUAUUAUAUUAUUUUAUUGUUAAAUGUAUUACUUGAAUAGGGAAGACUUUAUUAAAAUCAAUGGUUUAAGCAACAAUUAUUGGGGUUGGGGACUUGAAGAUGAUGAAUUCUAUUUACGAUUAAAAGAAGCUAAGAUAGGUAUUCAUAGACCGGGGAAUUUAUCAACAGAUACUUCAAAUACAUUCAGGUGUGUAAAGUGAUUUGUUUUGAGGCUGAUAAUUUACUUAAAAUAUAAAAAAAUUUACAUUUAUUAUUAUUUUUUCUAGACAUAAUCAUGAUCGAACUGUUAGAAAACGUGAUAUGACAAAGUGUUAUAACCAGCGUGAAGUAACAAGAAAACGUGAUAGACGCACAGGUUUACACAAUAUUAACUAUAUUGUAAAAAAAAAACAUGAAUUAUUAAUUGAUGGUGUGAACACUCUUGUGUUAGAUAUUGAAUUAAAAUGUAAUAAGACCUUAACUCCUUGGUGCUUGUGUUCAGAAUAUGGAAUGAAAAAUACAAAAAAUCAAAAAAAAGGCAAAUAAAACAUUGUGUUUAAACUGGAAUAGUGUAAGUUUAAAUUAACAUCUAUAAGUUCUCAUGAUGUUGCUCAGAUAGAGUACAAAUUUAUUAUUGAAAAUAUUUUAUUUUAUUUCUUUUGAUAAAUUAAAUUUGAUUUGAAUAGUAUACAAAAAUAAAUUUGUAUAGACUACCUACUAUUUAAGAUCUGAACCCAAGAAUGGGACGAGUUGGGCAAUCAUAUACAUUAUUUUCACAAAAUUAUACUGGGUUUAUUUAUUUAACAACUCGUGAUAUUUUUCUUCAUCAAUUGAUUUUUUAUUCUGUUUACUCAGUCUAUUCUUUUUAUUUCUUAAAUUUUGUACAAAUAAUAUUAAAUAUUGCAUACAUUGGUUUUUAUGAGUAUGGUUAAUACAUUAUGGAAAGAAAUUAACAAAAACACUAUUACCCUAUCACAUAACAUUUACUUACAUAAUGAAGUAUUACAUUUUUAAAUACAAAAUAUGCUUUAUAACUAAUAUUAUGAAUAUAUGGUUAAUAAUAAAUUCUAUCAAAUAUAUUAUUAUUAUUUUAUAAGUUAUUUAAUGUUGCAAUUAUUUUUUUUUUUUUUUUUGUUAACUUGGUUUAUUUAUAUUUUGUACUAUUAAAAGACUAUGGUGUCUAUUGUCUAUGUUAUACUAAAUAAUUAUAAUAAUUAAUUUUAAUCAUAUGUGUUUAUUUAUUAGUAAAAAUUAUUAUUUAAUUUAUACCCUGUUUAUAAUUAAAUUUAAUCUUUAAUUAAUAAUUAUUGUAUUGUAUUUCUAAAACACCAUAGGAACAAUAGAUAUUGCAAUUUUUUAAUUGAUUAUUAUUUGUUUAAUUAUUUGUAAUUUUAUUUCUGUUAAUUUAAAAUGUAUAAUUGUAUCUGUUUUUUGAUCUCAUCCAACUUAAUCAGCCAUGAAGGAUUUGUUACCUACCUAUAAAUUAAUAAAAUAAAAUAAAAUUCAUUAUUAAAUUAUUGUUUAUAUCAGUUACUUAUUACUAUAAUAUUUUUUUUUAUUUGCAUACAUAAAAUUAUAUUGUAUUAUUAGUUGCUCAAAAUAAAAAAAUAACAGCAACAGUUUUUAUCUUUAUUAGAUCAAAAGUUGAUUUAUAUAUAUGAAUGAGU